CGUGUACAAAAUACGAUACACCCAAAAUACGUCCAACUCAGGUGGAUCGGAACUAAAAAAUCAUGUCGCAAAAAGGCGAACCUCAUCCCGAGAACGUACCUCCCAGUAGAAAUUAUCCACCCUACUCGGGGCCCCGUGGCCCUGGCAGGCACGGUGAUCAUAAUUUCCAGAGAAACUAUGAAAUGACAGAGGAGGAAAAGCGUACCUUGCGAGAGUGCCAGUCGGAGAGUUUCUGGUACCGUGCGAUGCCGCUGGCCGUCGGUGCAGGUCUGCUGACCCAGACGCUUAUCACCCGUGGCAAGCUCACAGCAUCCUCGAGACUUGGCUCAAUUCCAAAGAUUGGUUUUGCAUGCCUCUUUGGCUACAUGGCCGGAAAGAUCUCCUACGUCAGCUCAUGCAAGCAGAAAUUCCUGAAACUAGAGAACUCCCCCAUCAGUGAAAUGCUGAGGAAAGGCGGCAGCCUUCCCAAAGGCCAAGGCGGAAGCUUUGGUCUGCCGGGAUUCCAACCUCCUGGCACCGAUUCGGAUCCACGCGACCCCAUCGUCACCAGGAACAGCGAUUCCUACAGUGGAUUCGGCCAGUCGGACGACUACCGCGCCAACCUGGACAUUGACACCAGCAACGUCAAGACGAUGGACAGUCAGUUUGACUUCGAGCUGAGCAACGAAGUGGCCUCGGAGCUGGAGGCCAAGCGGCCCGAGAUGACCAAGACCUACGAGGAUUUACGGAGGGAGAACAGACAGAAGCACUCCAGCCAUUUCAGCCAGCCUGGGCACUACCAGCCCCGACAGUCCGGGCAGCCGCCUCCGUAUGAUGACAAGCUGCCCAAGAAGAGCGCUGAGCUUCCGUUUUCUUCAACCUCUCGUCCCAGGGGUGUGAAGAACGAGUAUGGAGAUGACAUGGAAUGACUGGAUUGGUCAUGCAGCUCUGCAUUUUGUUUACAACAAAUGGAUAUCUGAUUGACACUUUAUAACUAUUACAAUGUUUUUAUUGCCGAGGUCACGUGUCAAAAAAAAAAAAAAGAAGAAGAAGAAAAAAGAACUGGUUUUGUAUUCAGCGGACUCAGAAAUAGCAGUUGUCAUAACUGCACCACACACCGUUAUUUUGAAACAAAGUCUCUUUUACUAUACUUUCUCUUCGCAAUGUUAGAUCUGUGCGCAUGCCUAUCUGAUCUUGGGCAUGAAAAUUAAAUUGCUUGGUUUUAUUCACGUGUACAUAAGGCCGAGGAAUGCUGUAUGGAAAUUUGCAUUCUGGCCUCGAACUUAAUUGUUGAAAUGGAUCUCAAAUUUUUUUGCAAAUUAAAAAAAAACACAGGUUUGUCUGUUGAAGGGAUGGGUAUCAUUUGCUUGAUUUUGUUUUCGCUUUUUUUGGGGAACUGAAGAUCUAAGUUAGACACCUACAAUACAUGCACAUGUAUUAACUGUCAACAAUGACUGUUUUGGCUGUUAACAUAUUGUGCAUACAACUUGUGUCUUCGCCUGCAAGUACCAGUAUCAGUAAUUCAAAUGAAUGAAAUCUAUUAAUACAAAGCCUAAAUAAAUCCCCAUCAUGUGAUUGGUGGGUCGUUGAUCACAUGUCAUUGAAAAAUUUGCCCUAACCCAAGGCCCGGGUUUGCACAGCAAAAACACAAGUUCUAUUCCACGGUAAAUAGAAGUUUCAUUGCACGGUCACACGAUGGGUGGCUCUGACCAGUCAGAU